AUGUUCAAGAAGAAACCCCAAAUCAAGAACCUUGCGCCUCUGCGUUCAUCAGACCGUCGUAGGCUUGCCGAUCAAAUCAUUACCGAGUACAAAGUCCACAUUCCUCCGGUCCAGGAUCUCGAGCCGCCCUCCUCGACUACAGAACAAGCCUCUGCCACUCCUAACAAUCUCAGCCCAGCCCUCUCACUGAUCCGAACAAGUCUUUUGCCAGAAACCUGCUUGUCGGCUCGAUUUACCACCCACGCCGGUGCCAAUGCUACGCUUGUCUCUGGAACCAUCUAUGUAGGAGCCCACCCUGGCCAGGAAGAGAGAAUAUUGUGGAUUCAAUAUGGCAAAGAGUCAAGAUUAUACCCGACAGUAUACACUUUAUGGCAAAACCCCGGGCUGGUGCCUCUGCUGCACACACCCGACUUUGUGGUAGACAAGCUCCGCACUGGGGCCGAUUUGAUGACUCCGGGACUGGUCGGCGGUCCACCCUGGCCGCAGAAUGCACAGCUAGGGUCUGUAGUGGCAGUUGCUGGUCUCGAAAAGGACACAGUGCCCAUAUGGGUAGGGACUUGCAAAAUCGACAUCUCCAGUCUUGGUCGUGUGCAAGGUUCUAAGGGUGCCGCGGUCGAAGGGAUUCACUGGGAAGGCGAUGAACUUUGGGCAUGGAGGCAGACCGGAGCCGGUGGCCGGCCUUCACCUGAUCGGAUCAGUGGUUGGGACAAGAGAACCGAAGAGUCAACUAAUGGACUACACCGGUUGGUUCUAGACGACCCCGAGGACGAGGCUCAAGAUGAAGGAGGCGUUUCACUUGAUCUCAGUGUAGAUUCAAAGGUGAACACAGAGGCGGCUAACGGCAAUCAACAUUCAGAGCCAGAUCAAGAUGAAGAAUCACCGCGUGAGCCUACCACUGCUGAAGUUGAUGAUGCAUUUCUCGCAGCAUUUCUCUAUUUUUUACACUCAGCCAAGACAAACAACGACCCCCCUCAUUACGGGAUCGAUUUUCCCAUACAACCAUCAUUUCUAAUCGCAAACAUGAUCCAACCACACUUGCGUUUCCAGAACCAACACUACAACAUCAGAAAAACAUCUUGGAAAAAUGCCAAAAAGUUUAUCAAAUAUUUGGACAAGAGCGUGUUGGUCAAGUCCAAGGACAGAAAUGGCGGCGAGACUGUGAUUCUUGAUGUGGACUUUGACGAUGCACGAAUCAAGUCAUUUACUCCCUACAAGCUGCCGAAACCAAAGGCAUCCACCACCACUAGCACUAGCGAAAACAGCUCUAGCGCAGCAGCAGGUGCGGACCCAUCCCUGGGACAGAAAUUGGCCAUCCAGACCAUUUAUCGUGCGUCGAGCAAGCUAGUCCCCGAUAUGAUCCCAUCCAAGUCGACAUACUACACAUCCUCGCAAAUCUCAGGUUUUGUUAAAAAGUAUAUUGAGAACAACCCCUCUCUUUCAGAGAAUACAUCUUCGCCUCGGUUCAUUAGACUUGAUCCCUUUAUCGCCAACAACAUCCUCUCAUCAAAUCCCUCAGCAUCAGAUACUCGAAUACUCGCUGCCGGAGAAAUCGGGCGUGACGUUCUUUUCAGAAGAAUACUUGAGGAUGAUCAUCUGGCAACUCCCCACUGGUUAUUGUUAAAGAACUCCCAAAGCUAUGACCCCGAAAAGCCCGACCCAGGACUGAAACCCAAAGCUGGAGCUUCGCCACAUGUCACCAUCACCAUUGAGAAGAGAACAGGGACCAAGGUGGUGACUAAGAUUUCUGGACUGGAAGUGUUUGGAAUCAAUCCACAAAUCCUUAGUCCCGAAUUGCAAAAGAAAUGUGCUGGGAGUGCCAGCGUUGGUCAGCUAAUGGGCGGUAAGCCAGGGGUGAUGGAGGUUGUCGUGCAAGGUGACCAGAGAGAUGUGGUUGAGAAGGAGAUGGGAAGGAGGGGAGUUGACAAACGUUGGAUCGUCGUCGAUGACAAAACUAAAAAGAAAAAGAAGUGA